CGGAGGGGGUCAGCUGUUACUUUAGUUGUCAACAUGUCGCAACAGAUCAGCCGGUAGAUAACCGGUAAAUAACCGUUGAAUAACCGUUUUAACGGACGGUUGGUGUCGGUCGGUAAAGGCGGGAGGAUGGAGACGUUUAAUAAGCUAACCAGCAUGCUGCUGCAAGCGCUGGAAACGAGGGAGCCUACAGUGGAUCUGUUGGAGUCCUUUGUGGAUCACUGGAAAUCAGUCACUAAUUAUUACAUUGUGACUACAGAUGAUAAUCGUCCUGUCAAACAGACAGAUAUCCCCUGGCACCUCAAACAGAUGUUGGACAUCCUCAUAUACGAGGAGAAGCAACAGGGUGUGGAGCAGACAGGACCUUGUAUUGAGUACCUGCUGCAGCACAAACUGUUGGAAACCCUGUGCACUCUGGGAAAAGCUCAGUAUCCUCCAGGUAUGGUUCAGCAGGUCUUGGUGUUCUUCACUAAGUUGUUGGCUCAGAUGCAGAAGUGUCUGCUGGAGCUGGUCAGCGUCUACAGACCUGUUCAGAAGCUUAUUCGUCUCUGUGCACUUCCUGGAUCCAAGACAGAGAAGGAGGAGGCUCAGUUCUUAUUGGCCGUCUGCUCCAGAGUCAAACAGCAUCCGCACACGCUUAGAUAUGUUUUAGAGAUUCAAGAGCUACCAGGGAGUAAAACACUAGUUUCUGACCAAUCACAGGCCUGCACAGAAGCCUCCGAUCACACAAAAGGAAUAAAGCAACAAACACCCUCUGGACAGUCGGAGUCGUCUAGCUCCAACCCUGUCCAAUCAGAUUUUGGUCUGCUGUUAGCUUUGAUGCAGCUAACAAAAAGUCAGAGGGCUUCUGUGAGUCUGAAGGCCCAUGAGAGUCUGCUGCUGCUGUGCAGUCUGGAGUCUGAAUCUUCAGGGGAGAUUCUGUGUAACCAGACCCAGCUGGGAGAGCUGCUGGCUGGGAGGCUGCAGGAACUUUACUCCAUGCUGCCUGUGGAGGGUCUGGAUCCUGGAGAGGUGCGGAGCUGGCCUCAAACAGCAUGGAGUUCUCAGUUUUCCAGCCCUGAGCCCAAAUCAACUUCUCCUGCUUCUGAUCACAUGACACACUUUUUCUCCUGGUUGGACUUCCUGGAUCAGCUGAUGAGAGAAGCCCCUCAGGUGUUGGCACUGAAACUAUCUCAGUGUGUUCAUCAGCUCUGGUUGUUGGAGUCGGUUCAGCCUCAAUUACAGCAUACGUGUGAACCGGUUGUUCUGGUCUCGAUCUCCCUUCUCUGUGCCAUUGUCAGACUGGUUCAGUCUUCCUCCCUGCUGAAUCAGCUGGUUCAUUUUCUGCUGAGGACACAUCCUCUGACAAAGCUGCUGCUGCAGCGGUGUGACCACAUCUCAGACCAGAUCAGUAUGGCGUCUCUGUGUUUGGUGGAGGAGUUGCUACAGAAGCCUCACAGGGACAUUUUGGACAUCCUGGUGUUGAAUUUUCUACAGGGUCGCAGUUACCUGUCUUCAUCUGCGACAGGUGUGGAAGAACGACCACCUGAGAGCAAUGAGACCAACUAUGAUAGCGAUGAUCUGGAGGAGGACCCGUUCUUCUCUGACAGUUUGAUGUCUUCAGACAGUCAGCUGCUCCCUCCUCCUUUCUCUUUAUCCUCCUCCUCCUCUACUCCUCCGUCUCCCACUGGACUGGGAUCAGCUGCUGACAUUGUCAACAGCUUCCUUUGUUUAGUUCCUGUACAGGUUCGAUCAGCUCAGCUUCUGCAGGAAGGAGGCUAUGAGUCUUACGUCCAUGACGCUCAUACACUGGUAACAGAGUGUCAGUCUCUCUCUCAGUCGUGGGAUUGGCCGCUAAGUCUUCCUCCCGCCCCCUCCUCCUCCUCACAUGAGGUGGACGACUUCUUUGAAGGUCAUCUGCUAAAAGUUCUAUUUGACCGACUGGGUCGUAUGCUGGAGCAGCCAUACGAGCUGAACCUACAGCUGACUGCAGUUCUGUCCAGACUGUCGGCCUUCAACCACCCAUUGCUGCAAGAGUACCUGCUCAACCCAUACAUACACUUAUCUCACUACUCUAGGUCGCUCUUCUCAGUCCUCAUCAGGUUGAUGGGUGAGUUGAUGCAGAGGAUCCAGCUGAUUUCCAACCUGACAGACAGACUGUUGAAUGCAAGGAGACACCUGCUGGGACUUGACCAGAAUACUGGACUGGAGCAUCUGACCUUGUUUAGAGGAAUCAUUGUGCUCGAGGAGUUCUGUAAGGAGCUUGCAGCCAUUGCUUUUGUUAAAGUGCCUCUGGAGCAGCAGUGACUCCCCUGGACCAGCUUGAAAGGUGUAUUUUUAAAGGUACAUCCAAUCCACAGCCUGAAGACUGAAGGUGCAUUCAGCUGACAAAGGUACAGCUAAGUGGAUUGAGACUGAAGGACUAUUGCUGAUUCACCAGGAAACUUAAAACCUUCAACCCUAAAUGUCUCAUUGACUCAGCCUUAAUGAACUUAAUUCUGAGUUGAGUCUUAAUUCUCUCUCAGUCAGAGCCUGCACAUGCAGUUUUAGGUAUUUAUUAUAGUUUUUUAAAAUAUGAUAAUUCAGUCAGCACAAAUGACACAACUGAAGAAAGCAGAAGUCUGACAUGAUGGUGGUUUUGGAUCGGCUCCAGCCCCUUGUAACCCCAAUAUGGGACAAGCAGUGUAGAUUAUGGAUGGAUGGAAAAAUAAAAAAAAAAUUAGCCUAAUUAUCCUGGGAGAAGAUGAGGCUCAGAUACAGGUGGAGUUAAGGAGAUGAAGAUAAACUGUGGUCGACACAGUUGGAGGUUUAACCAUGAUGACUGGAUGAUGGAAAUAGACACCUGAUACCUGAUUGGAUAGCAAUUAAGGAGUGGAGCCUCACAGGCCUGCUUGAACAUGAACUCAGAAAACAUCACAUAAAAAAGAAGAAUUUGGAUUCUGCCCUCCAACAUUUCCAUUUAAACCAGUUCCUGCAGAGAUUUGGACCCGGCCAGUAGGAACAGGUGAUGCAUGAGGUCUAGAACAGCUUCUUGUCAGAUAUAUGACGAUGUGAUGACCUUUGACCUCUCCUCUCUUCCGUGAGGAUGUCAUGUCUGUUACGAGUCCAUCAAAUAUGAAAAGUUCUGGUUUACCGUUUUAUCACAGACAGGAGGCGAAAUGAAUCUGAAUCCCUAUGAUGUGCAAAUGAUUGUAACCUUACUGAUAAUGUCAUGAAGUUAGCUUUAAUGUAUUUCCUCCUAUUGUUGCCUUAAGAACUUAUCUUUGGUAAAAACAUUGUUCUUAAUUCAGUCAUGUGAAUCUGUGUCACCACCUCUGUACAGGUGAGUGACAAGAAAAUAUGUUACGUGCGCGUAAUAAUCUGACUUGAGAUAUAUUUAUAUACCAAAAAAGUUUGAACUUAUUCAAUUAAGUUAUGAUAUUAGAGUUAUAAAGCUCUAAAAAAAACAGAACACACUUGCAUUUUGCAAACUUUGAGAGUAUGGACAAAGUUGUGAGAUUUCUAAACAAACAGAUAAAAAAGGUUCAGACUGAGUGAUUAUACCUGCUGUUAUGUUUACUGUUUGUGUUUAAAUUUAGAAAUAAUAUAUUUAUAAUGCUUACCUGGCUGUUAUCUGCUGAUUUGCUGGUAUUUGCCAAAAGACUUUGAAUGUGCAACCUUUAUUUUCUUACGUUAAUACAUACUGCAAUACUUUGACUUUGGAUCAAAGGCUGAGAAUCAGUUUGUAUUUUUCGAUGUGAUGUUUAGUUUCUUCCAUGUUUUAAGUCAGCAAAUCAUUGCUGAUAUGUGUUUUAUGUUCUUUGUAUCAAAUGAGGGGUGUCAAGGAGGAAAGUGGUGACAUUGAUGCAGUCUGUUUUCCUUUAUUUUAAAGUUGUCCAAAAAUUUUUAAAAAGUGAAGCAGAAACAUGGAAACCCAAUAAAUUUGACUUUUUCAGAGGAAGAGCUACUGUGAAAACUUUAUGUAGAGUGUUUUUACUGCCUGCACUAUGGCUGUGUAUCAUGUAAAAGUGGAUCAAGGACAACUCGGUGUGAAUGUGGCUGAGAUAUUUUUCUAUCUACCUUCUGUGUUAAAGCUCCUUUGAGGAACUUAGGGUUUGUGUCUUUUUAAGAGACUCCUUUUUACCAAGUGG